AUGGUGGAGAAGAUGUCUUGGAUGAGCGAAAAGAAGGUCUGGAAGACCGAGAGGAUCGUGUUGAAGAGAGCUCGAAAGAUGUCGGCGAUGGAGGAGAUGAGGGAGGAGAUACUAAUGAGGCCUCCAGUCGCAACACAGCGUCGGUCGCAUGCUCCAGCGACGCUCCCACCAUAUGAACACCCAACGCAUGCUCUUAAUAAAGAGUCUCAGCGCGAGCUUCAUAAUCUACCCAACAAUCACAAGCUCCAGCCUCUAAAAGAGAGAUUAAAAAAGGCAAACGAGCUUUUGACAGAAGCAGCAGGGGAAAUCAACGACCGGCUGCACGCUAAGGUAGAGCAACAUGAAAAAGCACAGAAGAAACGCGAACAGCAAAGCUCGCAAGCGAGUGGCGAUUUCAGUGACGAGGCUCUGGAGAACAUGCGAGAAAACACGGUCAAAAUGACGAAAAUUCUAGAGGAGAACGUUCGUGCAGUGAUUGAUUCAAAAGCGGGGGUCGAACACAUUGAGCGCGUUUUGCAAGAGUUAGACACUAAUGCAACUGCCAACCGUGGCAUGCUUGCUCCGACUCAAAGCACCCUUGGUGCAAGCCAAUUUCGAGGGCCCAAACGGAGACGCAUAAAUGACGAAGAAGAAGAUGAAGAUGACGCCGCAGCGACCCCUAUUGCGAUCGUGAGCGCUGUCGAGACAUUGAAGCAUAAGAUCGCGGAGCACGGAGGAUAUUACGAGGAUAAAUCCAUGUCAGACCGCUACGCUUCUCAUAACGACUACAUAGGCUUUAAGCAAGUCGUGCAUGAUUCUCAGUACCCGGGUGAUACUGCUCCACCGUUGCCACAUGCUUCAACUUGGUUUGGUUCGCAGGGCCCUGGAACGCAGAUGUCCAGUGGACCCGCUGGAAUCCAGGCGAAUGAUCCGAAUGAGGACUUUAUGGUCGAGUCUGAACGAGUCACGAUGAAAUGUCCGAUUACCUUAACGAUAAUGAAGGAUCCCGUAAAAAGCAAGAAAUGCGUUCAUAAUUUUGAGAGAGACGCAAUUUUAGAGAUGAUCCAAAUGAUUGGGCGAGAACCAAGAGAAAGGGGUGCACCUCGAAAAGUGGCGAGGUGCCCUGUCUGUGAAGUGCCCCUCACUGCUGAUGAUCUCGAGCCGAAUCAGGUUUUGCUUCGCAAGAUCAAGCGAAUACAAGCGGCUGAACAACGGCGUCAUGAGGAGUCAGAUGAUGAAAAUGACGUUCGAAGGCCACCAACACAACAACCAGAGGUCACAAGUUCACCAGCUCAUCCCACAAAGCAAGCCGUCAAACGAGAAAGGAUGAGCCAAGCGACGAGGCGAGAUGCAAGUAUGGUGCCAAGUACUCAGAUCAAUCAGAUUGAAUAA